UCGUACUCUAUUGUUGAGGGUAGUUUGGACUUCAUUCUCUCCAGGAUGCACCUGAGCCCAAUCGUGUCCUGGGAGUCUUUGGGUUGAGCCUCUAUACUACUGAGAGGGACUUAUUUCAAAUUUUCAAGAAAUUUGGACCCAUUGAACGAGUUCAAGUUGUGUUGGAUGCCCAGUCUGGACGUUCUCGAGGUUUUGCCUUUGUCUAUUUUGAGGCCCUUGAAGAUGCCAAAGCAGCCAAAGAGGAAUGUUGUGGCAUGGACAUAGAUGGUAGGAAGAUCAGAGUUGAUUAUUCCAUCACAGCCAGGGCCCACACCCCAACACCUGGAGUAUACAUGGGCCGUCCAACUGGCUUAAAGACCAGUGUUUUCUUAUCUGCAGUACAAGGAAAGCUGCCAUGUGGGGAUGGAUGUGGAGAGAAUGAUGAAGACAAGGAAGAGGAAGAAGCCCUAAUGGGACCCAAUCAGAGUGGAUUGGAAGUAGAUAAUGACUCAGAGCAUUCUAGUGGGAAAGACAGUGGCACGGGGACUGACAAUGACCCUCGGCUGCACAUAUAUUCUCAUCACCACCUUUCCCUGCAUGACCCUGAUGGGAGCACAGUAAAUGUGAGUGAUGAAGAGACAAGAGAUGUGGAAGAUGAAGAUGAAGUGAGUGUGAAGAGACCUUUGAGGACAUUUGCAGUGAGUGGGGUUGGGCAUCGAACACAAAGGCUUCAAAUGGGUGUGGGUAUGGGUGUGAGUAGCCCUAAUUUAUCUCGGGUGGACAGUACUGUCGUGUACGCCAAUGUGAUUCCCACCACAGUUGCUGGCUCCUCUGACUUUCUCUGCCCAGUUGUGAUGCGUCACAAGGGAGGGACACUGGGUCGACUCAAAGGCAAACAUGUGAAAUGUCCCAGCAUCCCUGACCCCAGUCGAUGAUGCCCCCACCCAAAUCAUUCCCUGCACAGAAUCUCGGAGAUGUUUUCCCCCUCCUCGUGCUGUGAUAUCAUUCCUCAAAAUGGCAAAGCAGUGCCAAAUGUCCAUUGACAUCCCUCAACUGUCCUUUUGAUAUGUGCUAGUUACACCUAUCAUGCAUGUCAUGGUGAUGUCUUGGUGUUGUUUGUCACUCUUUGUAUUUAUUCCAAUGUGCAUUGCAACUUGUAGCGUACUGAGACAGAAAUGUGCAUCACCAGUUACUACCUCCCACAUUCUUGCAUUUACUGAAAAUGUAUGCUUUCAUGGAUACCUCUAAAUUGAGUGAAAGUUGGCAUGAUGGAAUCACUGUCUUGCUCUAUAUCUCCUGUGGUAUACUGGAAUCAAGAAAGAUCUAUAGAAACAUGCCAAGCAAUAUUUAUAAUAUUGUUCUAGUGUUGACUUUUCCAUCUGAUUGUGUAUGGAGUAGACAGUUAGUGCAUCAUUUCAAUGACAUUAGGAAGACACCACUUUUUUUGUGUCUAGGCACUGAAGUUUGGCAUCUUUGGAGGUUGCAAAUAGCAUCCUCAUAAGGGUAUUCUGAAUUGUUAAUUUUUUCUUAGUCUGUGAUGGCAGCUGCUUUAGCAGAAAGAGCUUUUUGUUUGUCAAUUUCACUUGUGUUUUCAAGUAAAGAGGGUUCCUAUCCUGUGCC